AUGAGUCAUAGGAUCAACCCAACAGGAUAUCCUCAAAUAUUCACUUACAAAAACGGAACUCCAUUUUGGCGAUGUGGGUCUUGGACGGGUCAAAGAUGGAGUGGCAUACCUGUCAUGACACCUAAUUUCGUCUUCAACGUUAGCUAUGUUGACAAUGCCAAUGAAGUUUCCAUAAUGAUUGGGAUUCGAGACCCUACGAUCUUCUUAAGAAUGGUCCUCGACAAUGAUGGUCUAAUUAGACGAACAAUCUGGCAAGCUAAAGAGCAUAGAUGGUUUGAAAUUUGGUCGGGUCCGACAGAGGAUUGCGACAACUAUCGAAGAUGCGGGUCAAAUAGCAUAUGUGACCCAUAUACAAGCAACAAACUUGAGUGUGUGUGUUUGCCUGGAUAUGUGAGAAACGGGUCGAGUGGAUGUGUGAGGAAGAAGAAUGUGUCCACGUGUCGAAAUGAGGAGGGGUUUGUGAAGGUUGCACUUGUGAAGGUUCCAGAUACGUCAACGGCACGUGUGGAUAAGAAUAUGAGCUUGUACUUGAAAGGAUGUGAAGGGAAGUGCUUGAAGGAUUGUUCAUGUGUAGCGUAUACGAGUUUAAAUGAGGUAACGCAAAGUGGGUGCUUGACAUGGCAUGCUGAUAUGGAAGAUAUUAGGAGAUUCAAUCAUGUGGGACAAGAACUGUACGUGCGUGUUGAUGCAGCUGAAAUGGCUAAAUAUGAAAAGAAGCCUUAUGGUUCUCUUGGCAAGAGGGGGAUGGUAGCACUUGUGGUUGUUUCUACCUUCCUAUUAAUGUUCAUGUUGAUCUCCUUUGUGUAUUGGUUUGCAAAGAAAAAAGGAACAAGAUUGGACUAUUAUGUGUACAAGAGUACGCAUCAGAUAGACCAGCCAUGUCAGAAGUUGUUUCCCAUGUUGGAGAAUGACUCAAAUCUUCUUCCCCCUAAACACCCAGCUUGUUUUCAAGAGAACACUUGUGAUCAUUCAAACCCAUCAGUUGGUGACGAAGUUCAUUCGGUAAAUGGAAUGAGUACUACAGUGAUUGAAGCUCGCUGA